UAACAAAAAUUUUUAAAAAAAAAGAAAGAAAAAAAAACAUGAAAAAUAAAAAAGGACACGUAAACACUCUAUAUUUCCUUUAAAUUAUCUUGUUGUGAAAUAGUAGUAUAGAUAAGAAUGGGUUGAUUUAUAAAGGCGUGUUUUUUUUUUGUUGGUAAAGGAUUGAUUUUGCUAUUUUUUUUUGUUUUAAGAUACAAUAAAAAUCUAAUAAUAAUCCUACAAAUGUUUUUCGAAAAUACAUGAUUAAUAAAUUUGUAAAUUUGGAUGGAAGAGAUGUUUUAUUGAAUAUAUAUAUAGGCAUGAUUAGGGGACUGGUAUGGAAGUGAUGUAGAAGAAUUGUUUGAUUGCAUUUCUAUUUUAAUAAAUUUUUUUGGAUGAAAAAAACUAUUUUCUUGAAUAGUCAUGAUUUGGGAAUUGGGAUGGAAGAGAUGUAUGUUUUUUUUUUUUUUUUUUUUUGUAAUUAAAAAAAUUAUUUUAAAAUAGAAAAAAUAAGAAGAGAACAAGUGUCCUUUCAACUUCCUGUUUUAAAAUUAAAGUUUUGAUUUAUUAGAAAAAAAAAAGAGAUCCAAUAAUAGGCCCACUUUCCACCUGGGCCACUAAACAUAGUUUUUUCAAGCAGGAGCCCAACAACAACCAAUGAACUCCAAUAUUACAAUCAAUAAUAAAAAUCAUUUAAGGUAUGAUAUCAUCAUAAACCCUAACGGCUAGUUCUAUCCUAAUUACAGAUUAUCACACCAACGGUCAAAUUCCCCACUUUAAAAUCCCAACCAUUUUGGCUCUUCUUCAUUUGUCUUCAUCUUCUCGCAAUUUUGUACGCUCUUCUCUCUCUUUAAUCCGAUUGAAAUUCGAUCAAUAAUCUCAACUUUCUGCAAAACCCUAAUUCUCGAAUUCAAUGGAGACCCCUUCAUCAUCAAACAGGAGAAUCACAAGGUCUCAAGCUAUCGCUUUAGCCAAUAGUUCAAACAGCAACAACAACAACAACAAAACAUCAAAGAAGAUAGAAGACUCUGAAAAAGGGCUCUCAAAAUCAAGGCAGAGAACUAAGAAUCAAGAUCGAUCUGUUUUGAUUGAUAUAACAAAUGAUUCCCCAAUUGUUGGAUUAGCAAGUGGAAGCUUAAAUGGGACCCCAAUUUCAUCUUUCUCAAAACAGAGGAGGAGCAAUGCUUGCAAGAAAACACCUGGUUCAGGGGAAGCUCUGCUCAGAGGUCAAGUCAAGAAUCUGUUGCAAAAGGUUGAAGAAGAAGCUGAGAUUUCUAAGUUCUAUCUUGAAAACUGCGGUCCGGUUCGCAAUGCUGGGUUUAAAGCUAUCUUUAAUUCUCCGGCCGGACUUGUUGCUCCGACUCCGGUGAAUACUCCACAAGUUCUGAAUUUCUCUGCUUUUGAGGAAGUUGAUUUGUUGAGUUCUGUUUCUGAACCCCCAAUUGAAGAUCAACUCAAAUUGCCUCUGGUAGUGAGCGGGAUAAUUGAUGAGAAGAAGCAGGAAGAGAAUGUAACAGACUCUGAGAAAGAUGUGAUGAUAUCAAGGGCAUUGUUUCUGGAAUUUUCUGAUAAAUCAGACUGCUCGUCAGACUGUUCAUCAGUGGUAACUUACCAAGUAAAGAGUGAAGCAAGCCAUGAGAAACUGGAUUCAUUUGAUGAUGAUGCUGCUUCAGUCUGGUCUAUCCAAGUGAAUGCAAGUACUCGAGGCGACGAAGACGAGGAUGAAGUGAAUCAAGAUGUUGAUGAAGUUGCUGAGAAUAAUGAGUAUUAUAAUGAGGAAGAAGGAGAAGCAGAGAAUGAUGUGCCUUUUCUUGAUGAAUUGUGUGAUGGGAUAAGCAAUAUGAACAUGGAAGGAGAGAAAAGGGGGCCAAAAUUCAUGGGAAAACACAAAAGGUUUGUGUAUAACAGUGAUGAUGAACUGGUUGAGGAAUUUGAAGAGUUUGAUUCUACUGAAGCGCCGCGUUUGAAGGGAUUGCCGACUCCAAAGGGAAAGCAUGUCCGUUUUCUGGAUGAAGAAUGAUUGAGAAUUUCAAUGGAUUGUUUAGUUUUUUACAAGUUUCUGAGAAAGUGACUAACUUUCUGGAUGAUUUUGGGUUUGGUUAUGAAACUUUUUCUAGGAUUUUGGUGAUUAGAGUUGGAAAACAAACAAUGUGGAUUGAUAUGAAUUAAUCAUUCUGUAUUAUAUAUUAUGAUUGACUAUGGAAAACUUUCUGAAAUGUUAUUUUG